UGAACUAGUACCACUACCAAAGCCUGCAAGAUGCUGCUGGAAUCCAUAGGUGUUUUCUUAUCGCUAGGUGCCUACCUUGCUAUAGCUAUUCCUAUUGUCGGUGCGCUCGUACGUUUGAGGACGAACUACAACCCCAAGUCGAUUCAGCUGGAUGCCGAAGGUAAUGUUGAGCCGCACACCGGCCCAAUCGUUACGUCCUUCUUUGGCAUGCUCAAGAGAGUGAAGCGCAUCGAGGGUUGGGGCGGACUGUACAAGGGCACUAUGCCCGCUCUGUUGGAGACUGUGGCCCUCACACUUUUUGUCAUUGUUGCACUCGACACCGGUGCUAUUCGGUAUGGAGCUCGUGCACCGAACACCGGGAUCCUAGGCUCCUUGGCGUACGCAACCGUGGCCCUAAUCUUGAACCUUCCCGCUGUGGUUGUUACUUUUCGAUCGAUCACAACCCCCUACAGACUGCCCUGGUUCAACCCCGUCUACUCUCUCCGUGUUCUUCUUACUCCCACAGAGCGGCGCAAACCGUGGAUUAUCUAUUUCACACCCGGUUUACUCGCAGCGCAAUUCCUGCACCUUGCCUAUAAGAUCAUUUUUAUCGGUUCGCUGCGGCGUUUACUCCUCCCCAGUCUUCCGAGUCGCGAAGACAAUUGGAUCGGGAAUAUUUCCUUCUGGAAACUCGGUAUCAUGCUUGCCGUCGGCCUCGUUAGCACAGUCAUCCUGUGUCCUCUGGAAGUCAUUGCGUCCAAACUUGCUAUCCAGCGCAAUCAUGCGGCACCCGAGUACAACUCUGUCGCCCAGGAAGUUGAGGACGAUGCUCUCAACAAUGAGGAGUAUGCCGAAUAUACUGGGGCGGAGGAGGACGUAAUUGGGCUCCGACACGAGAAGGAUCCGUAUUUGGGCUUGAUUGACUGCGCUAAAAAAGUCGUCAAUGAAGAAGGCUGGCAGGCGCUGUACCGCGCCUGGUGGAUCACAGCGCUUUCCGGGUUGGCCAACGCACUGGGUUAAAGUGGAGGAGGUCAGAAGUUCGGGCGGCGGUCGGGAAAGCCGCCGCUAACCUUGACGGCAAUAUCAACAUGCUCCCAAGAGCGUUCACAAAGGAUUAUUCUCCGUAUUGACAUCCAGUGUACUCAUUAUCCGUUGUACGCAAUACGAGCGUCGCUGCUUGC